GUCCAGCUGCAUUCCUCUCCGCUCCGAAGCCUGGCGGAGCGACAGAGAAAAGCGCCGAGGCCCGAGCUCACGAAUCCUGCCCCGCCGCCGCCGCCACCGCCGCCGCCGCCGCUCCUUCCACCGUCCCCCGCUCGGACUCGCCCCUCCUCGGACGCUCGGACACUCGGAACUCGGACUAAAAGGCUCAACGCGGGUCUACGGAUGCAAAAACGCGCCGCUGUGGCUGAUCCUAAACGCGAACCUGCCACCGCUUCACCAACAUUUUUUUUUUCCUGCUACGAUUUUCUAUUAUUUCCUACGAGGAUUUUGCAAGAUGGCUUCUGAAACCGCGAUAUAGCGUCGAGGAAAAAGAAGAACACCACAACUCGACGUCCCGUUUUAGCACAGCGGGGGCAUUAUCGCGUUUUUUUUUUUUUUUUUUUUUUUUUUUUUCCUUCUUCUUCUUCCUCCGAGCCACGCUUCGUUAACAUGGCCCUUUUCGCGAACAAUGUCCAAUUCUCGCUUUAAAACCCGCAAUUUAUGGGUCUCGGGUUGCGCCGGAGCGAUGGCGAGGUGACGUACUCUCGCCAAAUUACGCGUUUUAAGUGGAUUUGCGAGACGCCGAAGCGAACGCACGCGCGCCGAACACGAACCGAGCCCGAUUUUGGCGAUAAAACUGAGAUUCCAAUCGAUAAAUCUUGAGUUGUUGGGUUUUUUUUUUUUUUUUUUUUUUUUUUUUCGGUUUUUUUUUUUUUUUUUUUUGGAGAGCGCUGCGAGGCGGAGUGAGCCCCGACCAACAUUCCAGCGGAUGCCCGAUCGUCUUUGUUUUGCACGCAGGGACCGUGGACUCUCGGAGCGAUUAUCUAUGCAGUAAAUACCCCGAUACGACUGCGCCGGCUAUGAUUUGACAUGUUACGUGAUUGAAGCGCCAUUGUUUGGGCCCUAAACAUAAACAGAAAACUACGCUGGGCCUAAACUCGCUCGUUCGCUCGCCUCUUUUUUUCGCUUUUACUGUAGCGACAUGCGAGACGUGCCACAUCGCUACGUUAUUAUUAUUCAUGAACGCUGCGAGCAUUCGUAUUAGCCCACUUUUUUGUCUCUUUUCGCGGCUCCCGAUUGCGCAUUUUCGCAUAGCCCCGACGCCAAAUCCGUGAAUUUAUCGGAUUUUCAGUACCAGGAGGGUGUGGGGUGAAUGCGCAGGGUUUUUACGCAGUGUUUUGGGCUUUUUUUUUUGGUCCGGGUAAGUCGCUCGGGUCGGGAUACGCGGGGCGGCUCGGCUCGGCUCGGCACACGACGUCGCCGAAUGGUUACGCGAACUGGUCGUGCUGAAUUUUUAACGUUAACCGCUCGUGGGUUCCCGUAAAUGCCUCUUCGUUCUGUCGCCAUAACCGUGACGGCCUACUUCGCUCGAAAGGAGGGCCGUUACUGGAAGUAGGAAGCGUCACCCACUCGCGAAAAGCGGAAAGCACCCAGGUACUACCAUCGUUUUUAUCGUUUUUUCUUUCUUUUUUCUUUUUUUUUUUUCUUGGGAGAGUUGAGAUUUCUUCUUUUUUGUUGUGGGGGGGAUGGGGGGCCGGACUUAGCGUCACGUUGCAGCAGAAGCGGCACUCGUCUGUCAACUGAGCAUCCGGUGUGGUCCGAGCGCGAGGGACACGCGCAUUUCACAAGGUCCUUGCGCCCUCCUCCGGCACCAUGACGUCUCCAGAUCUCGCCGAGUCCUGGAGGAACUGUUUUGAGGAGGAGCUGAUCUGUCCCAUCUGUCUGCACGUUUUCUCCGAGCCCAUCCAGCUGCCCUGCAAACACAACUUCUGCCGCGGCUGCAUCAGCGAAGCCUGGGCCAAAGAUUCCACGGUGACCCGCUGCCCCGAGUGUAACCAUGGUUACGCCCAGAAGCCCACCCUCGAGAAGAACCACAAACUCUCCAACAUCGUGGAGAAAUACAACGCCCUGAGCGUGGAGAAGACCUCCACUCCGGUUUUACAGUGUAUCUUGUGUCGGCGCGGCCCCCCUCUGCCCGCGGUGAAGGUUUGCCUGCGCUGCAACGCCCCCUGCUGCCAGUCGCACGUACAGACGCACCUGCAGCAGCCCUGCUCCGCCCUCGGGCACCUGCUGGUGGAGGCGGGCGCCGUGAAGGCCUGGACCUGCCCCCAGCACGACGAGUACCGCCUGUACCACUGCGACGCCGAGCAGACCGCCGUGUGCCAAUACUGCUGCUUCGCCCGCUGCCACCCCACCCACGGGCACGCGGUCAGCGACGUGGAGCUGCGCCGCAACGACAUACGGCAAACUCUGCUCCGUCAGCAGGAGAAGGUGGAGGAGCGAGUGCAGGAGAUCGAGGAGCAGCUCUGCAAACUCGACUCGGACAAAUGUGUGGUGGAGGACCGUGUGUGCGAGCUGAAGGAGGAGGUGCGUCUGCAGUACCAGAGGAUGCACCAGGUCCUGGAGGAGGAUCUGGUCCGGACUCUGGAGGCCUUGGACCGGGCCCAGUCCAGGUUCUGUCAGGAGAACUCGGCUCAGGUCCUGGCCCUGGGGGAGCAGAGACACGAGGCCCAGAAGCUCAUCAGCUCCAUCAACACGGUGUUCGAGAAAUCAGAACAACUGAGCUUCAUGAAGAACACCAAACCCGUCAAGAUCCUCACAGACAGGUCUCAGGCGUGUGUUGGCUCCACUCUUCCUCCGUACAAAGUUGGAAACCUCAACUCCAAACUGUUCCUGUCUGAGAUUUCCAAGAGAGAGAAGAGCCUCCGCAGAACACUGGAAACCCCCCUGACCCCUCCCUCGGCGUUCCUUCAGUCCGUCGCGGCGUUCCCCAGCGGCCACGGCUCCGGAUCGGCCGAAAAGCGCAAACACUCAUCCGCCUUCCCGGAAUCCUCCUCUGCGUCCUCCUCUUCCUCCAACAAAACCAGCUACAAAGACUCGUCGUCGUCCUCCUCCUCCUCCUCCGCGCCCAAGCAGCCGUACCUGGGCACCUCCUCUUCCGGCGAGGGCCAGUCCACCAAUCAGCCGCAGCAGCCUCCCCUGGCCCCGCCCUGCAUCAACGACUCCGCCACCUCCUCGUCCAAUCACCACUCGGGAUCCGUCUUUAGCUCCUCCCACUUCCCGGGCAGCAGCGGCGGCGGGGGCGGGUCGUCGCACGCGUCGCAGCUGCCCCAGUACGGCGGCCGCAAGAUUCUAGUUUGCACCAUGGAUAACUGCUACUGCUCCGGUGUCCCGUCGGUUUCGGGGCACCGCGGGCACCCUCCGUACCCCAGAUCGGGCUCGUUUCCCUGGGUGAGCGCGCAGGAUUACCCCCCUCCGCCGCCGCCGCCCGGUCUGGCCUCCGGGGGGCCCACCAUGCAGGGACUGGCCGUACGAGAUUGGAUCGACGCUUCGCAAACCCACAGACACGCCGACUUCUACGGUCUCUACGGACAACCAUCCACCAAACACUACGUCACCAGUUAACACAGACCGGGCGCGGCGCUGCGGAAACUCAAUAUGUCUGAGCUGAAAUCACUUGAAUUCGGAAUUUUAACAGAUUUGAGUCGUGCGGACGAGAUUAUUUUGAGUUCUCACAAUUUAGUUUUUCACUUCGGAAUUACUUAAAGGUGUUAUGUUACUCAAAAUUUACUCUUAUAAUGUUGUUUCCUCCACAAAAACAGACCUGGAGUUGUGUUUUCUUUAAUUUAUUUUUCGUCUGUCUACAUCUCCAAACCCCAAAACACUCAGUUGCACCUUGUGAUGUCAUGAAGUGGUCGUUUUCGGUCAAAUUCCCGAGCGAAAAUCAUCUGAAUGAUUCUAGUGAAGCUUGCAUGGAGUUUAAAAACACACUGGAGCACUUCCUGUACCAUUACAUAAUGACAUCACAAAGUGGAACAGAGCAUUUUGAGUUUGAAAGAAAAACACAACGCUCUGUUCCACCUUGUGACGUCAUGAAGGGGUCGUUUUUCGGUCGAAUUCCCGAGUGAAAAUCAUCCGAAUGAUUCUAGGGAAGGUGCGUGGAGUUUAAAAACACACUGGAGCACUUCCUGUAUGACCACAUGAUGACAUCACAAGGUGGAGCAAAGCGUUUUCAGUCUGAAUGAAAAACACAACCCUCUGUUCACCUUGUGAUGUCAUGAAGCGAUUGAUUUUCGGUCGAAUUCCCGAGCGAAAAUCAUCCGAAUGAUUCUAAUGAAGGUGUGUGGAGUUUAAAAACACACUGGAGCACUUCCUGUAUCAUUACGUAAUGACAUCACAAAGUGGAGCAUAGCGUUUUCAGUUUGAGAGAAGAACUCAGAAACAAAACACAACUCCAGGUCUGUUUGUGAUUAAGAAACAAGAAAAAAAUAGAAAUUGUUAUUAACCUGAAUUCUCUUUUUUAAAUAAAAAUUGUAAAAAAAAAAAAAAAAAUAACACUUAAAAUUAAUUUACUGUUCAAUAAAUGUGUCUUAAAUUAAGUAUAAACAUCUUGAAACCACUUUGAAAUACAAAAAUACAAAAAAAAAAUUUAAAAAAUCAAUGUUUAAUAAAAAAAUAACACAAAAGUCAAAUUCAUGAUUCUGAAUUCAAGUGAUUUCAGCUUGUGUAGAUAUUUGAUUUUUGCAGAAAACAAAACGUCAACAGACAAAAUGUAGUGAUUUUAUGAUCUGGUAAACGAUUUCCACACUGACUUUUUAAAAAAAAAUUAUGCAACGAGCACUUCUGCAAAAAAAAAAACAAAAAAAAAAAAAACCUUUGACCUUUGACCUUUGAACAUAUGCAUUGGAUUAACAGGCUGCCCUUUUUGACCUAUGCACUUGAAAAUGAAAUCUGCAGCACUAAGUUUGAGUACUUAAAAUACUUAAGUUUACAUGGAAAAAUGUGUAGUUUGCGUGUUCUGCCUGCGUCUGGGUGGGUUUGAGUAAUCCUCCAGAUAAUUUUGAAUUUUUAGCCCUUUUUUCUAAACAUUCCCUUCUAAAAAUGACUCUUUCAAAAUAAAAUGAUAACAAGUAUUUUUCAGCCCAGUAACAGUUGGUACAAGCUCAAAUAAAUAAAGAAGCAGAGUUUAAUAUUUUCUUUUCAAAGCUUUACAAAUUAGUUUUGAAAUUUCAAAAACGCAAUGAUAAUUAGAGUUUAUAAAAUUGUAAAAUGUCCAACUUAAAACAUCCAAUUAUAGAUUUGUUACCAAGUUUCAGCGCUGGUAUUCCCUUAUUUACAAAAAAACCCUCAAAAUUUCAAAAUGGUCACAAAACAAUAUAAAAAUUUUAAUUUCUUUUCCAAUUUCAGUUUAGACCAUUUCAUUUUAGAUAUUUUAGAUUUGAGUUCAUAUCAGUUGGAAUAAACAGAAAAUUUGAAUUUAUGCAUGACGCGCAAAUUCAGUUUAUCAAAAUACAACUUCCAAAACACAAACCUUCCUCUUCUAGCUUCAGACUUGCUUUGAUGCAAAUGAAAAUAUAUAUUUUUUUAAAUUUAAAUGGCUUCCACAAAACACAAACAUUUUAAUUUGUUGGUCGUUUUUUAUUUAGACCUGCAAAUUAACCUAAUAUUUCAAAAUAAGAUAACUUUUAAUUCUUUUAGAAAUUGAAAUGCAAAACAAACCAAGUCUUAAAUUUUGUUUUUCAAAAUUUUAAAAUGGUUUCUACAAAAAUUUUACUUUCUUAUUGUAAGGCUUUUCAGUUUGGCUUUCAAAAUAAGACAACUUUUAACUUGAGACUUUGUUAAAGAAACUGAAAUAAAUGGACAGUCUUUAAUAAUCUUAAAUUGUCUUAAAUUUUGUUUUUCAAAAUUUCAAAACGCCUUCCACAAUACACAAAACUUUAAAUUUGUUGCUCUUCAUGUAGAGACUUGGUGUAAUAUCAGUUUAAAAAAAUAGAAAAUAUACAAAGUUAUGCACCUGCAAAUUUAGCUAACCUUUCAAAAUAAGACAACGUUUAACUCUUUUAGCUUCAGGCUUGGUUAAAGAAACUGAAUCAAAGAAACCAAGUUUUCAAAUUCUUUCAAAACGGCUCCCACAAAACACAAAAAUUUGCCUUUUUUUGUUUCAGUUUGGGCUUAAUCUAUGAACAAGUCAACCUAAACCUUUCAAAAUAAAACAGUGUUGAAUUCUUUUAACUUCAGACUUGGGUUGGUAAAAGUAAUUGAAACCCACCAAGUCUUAAAUUCUUUCAAAAUGACUUCCACAAAACACAAAAAUGUGACUUUUUUAUUUCAGUUUAGGCUUAAUAUAUGAACUUAAGACCUGCAAAUUAACCUAAACCUUUCAAAAUAAGACAACUUUUAACUCUUUUAGCUUCAGACUUGGUUAAAGAAACUGACGUAAACAAACAAACAAACACACAAAAAAAGAAACAGGUCUGAAAUUUCGUUUCUCAAAAUUUCCAAAUAUCUUCUACAAAACACAAAAAUUUGACUUUCUUGUUUCAGUUUGGGCUUAAUAUAUGAACAAAUUAACCUAAAACUUUCAAAAUAAAACAGUGUUGAACUCUUCUAGCUUCAGACUUGGGUUGGUAAAAGUAAUUGAAACCCACCAAGUCUUAAAUUCUUUCAAAAUGGCUUCCACAAAACCCAAAAAUUUGACUUUUUUGUUUCAAUUUGGGCUUAAUAUAUGAACUUAAGACCUGCAAAUUAACCUAAACUUUUCAAAAUAAGACAACUUUUAACUCUCUUAGCUUCAGACUUGGGUUGAUAAAAGAAACUGAAACCCACCAAGUCUUAAAUUCUUAACGUUUUGCAGAAUUUCCAAACGGUUUCCAGAAAAAGAAACAUAAACUAACUACAUUUUUGCAUCUGUUGACGUUUAAAAACACCAAAUAAAAACAGCACACGCGAGACUGUAUCGGCACCAUUGUAACGACACGUCUGGACUUCGGGGGCAGGGUACAACUCUUCACUCUACGUUCUAAUAUUCUGUCAUCGUUGUUUUAUUAUUAUUAUUAUUAUUAAUGUCAUAUUAAAUGUUUAGAUUCCCUUUGGCACGAGGUUGGAUCAGACACUGUAAGGCCGAGAAGCAUUUAUUUUUAUUUAUAAUUUUAAAAAAAGCAGAUAGAGAUUUAAAAGUUAGCGUUUGGUUCGUAAUAUAUAUUUGUCAUUUGUCGUUCCAUUGUUACGUUUGAGGAAUACGAGCGAUACGUUUACAUGGACGUUCUACGGUGUGUCAGAUGCCCUCCCGUGUACGCAAAAGCCGUCGCACACUACAGGAGAAUUUGUCGGAUUUUGGCGACGAUUUUGCUUUUCCGCGAGUUCAGGGAGGCGUGAACUUGAGAAACCACUAAACAUCAGCAACGCAACGAUAAAAGCCGAUAAAACAGAGCGUCAGACGGAGUGACGGACGCAAAGACGCAAAAUACAAACUCAGGAUACGGCGAAAAUAAGAAGAAAACUUUAUUAUUCGCCUCUCGUGAAGUAAAAAAUUGGAAUUUGUUGUUCACUUUCCACUUAAAAAUUUGCAAAUCAACCUAACCUUUCAAAAUAAGACAGCUUUGAACUCAAUUUUAACUUCAGACUUGCGCUGGUAAAAGAAAUUUAAAUCUUAAAAUUGUCGAAGUGUUUCAAAAUUUCAAAAUGGUUUCCACGAAACACAAAAAAUUUGACUUUCUUGUUGUAAGGUUUUCAGUUUGGACUUAAUAUAUGAACUUAUGACCUGCAAAUUAACCUAAACCUUUCAAAAUAAGACGACGUUGAACUCUUAACUUUCAGACUUUCAAAUCAAUUGAUUCUUAAAUGGCUGACGCUUUUCAAAUUUUCAAAAUGGCUUCCACAAAACACAAAAAUUUUACUUUCUUGCUGUAAGACUUUAAAUUUUUUUACAGGUUAAUUUUAGAUAAAGACUUGGGUUAAUAAAUGAACAAAUUAACCUAAACCUUUCAAAAUAAGACAACUUUUAACUCUUUUAGCUUCAGGCUUAGUUAAAGAACUAAAACAAACAAACCAAGUCUUUAAAUUCUUCCAAAAUGGUUUCCACAAAAAGCAAAAAUAUGACUUUCUUGUUCGAAGGUUUUCAGUUUGGACUUAAUAUAUGAACUUAUGACCUGCAAAUUAACCUAAACCUUUCAAAAUAAGACGACGUUGAACUCUCUUAGCUUCAGACUUGCGUUGGUAAAAGAAAUUUAAAUCAACCAGGUCUUAAAAUUGUUGACUUUUUUCAAAAUUUCAAAAUGUCUUUAAAUUCUAAGUCUUUAAAUUCUUUCAAAACGGCUUCCACAAAACACAAAAAUUUGACUUUCUUGUUCUAAGGUUUUCAGUUUGGACUUGACCUGCAAAUUAACCUAAACCUUUCAAAAUAAGACAACAGCCAAUCAGCGAAGAGCCAGACAUUCUGUGUUGGCAACGAUUCCCGAGAUUGAAGAUUUAAAGCCGGAACAAAUAAAAUGUUCAGUGAAUUUUAUCAUGAAUUUUAUUGUCCUUCUUCCUACUAUUUGGGAAAAGCUUAAUAUACCAGUUAUCCCCGUUAUUGGUUAAAUUUAAAAAGUACCCGCCUACUGUCGAGCGAACGAAUCCUAAUGCUGCGAGGUCAGACGGUUUCCACAAAGUGAAACUGUCUGAUGAAUCAGGCUAAUAGUGACUGUACUUUAUCUCUGAUCUUUUACACUUUAAAAAUCACAUAUCAGAAGUUUUGCACCACAUUUCACAAAUAAUAAUAACACAAUUUUGACUUGUAUUUAAACUAAAAUCUAAGAAGUGUGGAGUUUGAUCUUUUGAACACUUACGAGUCUCAAAGCGAGUCGUUUUACUGUAGACAGGAAACAGUUUACGAGAUCACGGUCACAACUUUGUGUCUUUGCGAUCGGAGAUUUAAAGUCUGAUCAGAUUCUCCUCGUGUCUGUGGUUUAAAAAUCGUUCAAGACCGAAAAAUCCUGUAGUGUGUGACGACCUUAACAUCUUCCUAUAAACCCGCUGUAGUGUUAAUCUGCAGAUGUAAUAGUUGCACUUUUUCACCGAAUCCGUUUUAGUUUUUUAUUUAGUUCCAUGUAAACGUAUCGCUGCUUUUCGUAUUGUUUAUAUUUUGAUCUCUAAUUUUUUAAAAACGGCCGACAGUCUUUUCUUAAGGGGCGCGAUUCAAAACUCUCUCAGAACUUACCUCUCCCUCUCCGCCGAGUUGGAAGCGCUCGUCAUUACCGCGUUUUGUCCACCAGGAGGCGGCGCACUCUCAAAAUACAGAACACUAAUUGUCCUCUGUAGGCAACGUAGCACUUUUAGCAUCAAUUUAUUUUUGUUAAAAGGAAAAAAAAAAGACUCUGUACUUGAUUUUUACCGUCUUAAAUACGUAAAAAAAAAAAACCCCAAAAAAACAGAUCUAGUUCAUUGUAAAGUGGUCAAAAUUUCGUUUAUAAGCACUUUUCACAACUUUCAGAGACCAGAGCGGAGUUUUAAUUACGACAACUAGCAUGCCAACGUGCACUUCCUGAUCCUAAGAGUGUAAAACGCUUCGUAAUUUGAUGCAGAAAGUACACGGCGGACUUAUUUUGACCUCAAGAGAGACACAAAAAAUCAAGUACAGGGUCUUUAAGAUAAACAGAGAUCUUUUUUUUUAAUCUGUUUGAAAUUUUAAAAAUGUUUUCACAAAUUUUCAACAGCAAAAAAAGGCUAGAAUACGAGAAUUCUAGUUUAAAACAACAAAAAAUAAUGUUCGUCCAAGUAGCAAGUUCGGAAAAGUGCAAAAUCUGGUAAUGACGAGCAGCGGCCACAUCCCAUUUCUGUUUUGUUGUUGUUGUCGUUGUUCCUCGAUUCCUCGCCUGUCAAUCACGUCUACCGAGCGGAAAGAGCCAAUCGGGAGCCUGCGUCUGCUCCGUGGGCGGGGCUCACACGUGACGAAUCGAGCGCGGGACUUGAAACGGGACGCGGCCGAUUUCGUUUUUUUUUCGAGAACGGCGGCGCGUCCAAGCUCUGUUUUUUCUGCACUUCCUUCCUUUACAAAGGCUUGAACACAAAAACGAUCUUCCACGAUUUUCCUCAAACAAAACCGACGCCUAGUUUUGGGAUUUUGUCGCCUGGACUUUGGACGUUAACGGGACAAAACCGAAACUAAACGAUAGCAAGUUUUUGCAUUUUUAAGAGGCGAUUUUGGAAAAACCUCUUGUUCCACGAAAGAAAGCACUCCUCCCUUCCAACAAAAUGGGGACUUCCUGUUGCAAGGCGUCCCUUUCAAAAUAAGACGCCCUAUUUCCGUCGGCUUAAUGACUUUGGUUGAAGGAAAACGGACACGAAAUUAGCAUCGGGACAGGUUUCGAGGGAUGCUAAAAUUGUACUUCCUUUUUCGGUUAAGCACAUUUUAAGACUCUGGACUUGUCGGCGGCUGAAACUGCGAACGGACUCACGAAGCGAAACAACGACGUUCGGAUUAGAAAACUUUAAAAAAUGAAUUGAGGCAGUUUUAAGGUGAAACCGAGGAGGACGGCGGCGUAGUUUUAUUAACGUUUUUGUAAAAAUCAAACUUGUGAUGGUGCGAUUGAAGAGGAGACGGACGAGGAGGUAAAAGUUGGAUAGAGACGAGACAAAACAAGGUAAUUUUUUUGUAAAUAUUUUGUGAAAUGGAAGAAAAUUUGGAGAAGGGUCCAAAUAAAAAGUUGAAAGAAAA